GUUGCAAAAUAAAAGCGCUAAGGGCCAAGACAAAUACUUACAUUAAGACCCCCGUUCGUGGAGAAGAGCCCAUCUUCGUUGUCACCGGACGAAAAGAGGACGUAGCCAUGGCCAAAAGGGAAAUUCUCUCAGCUGCUGAGCACUUCUCCAUGAUCCGAGCGUCACGCAACAAGAACGGCCCUGCCCUGGGAGGCUUGCCAUGUACCCCCAACCUGCCGGGUCAGACGACAGUCCAAGUCAGGGUGCCUUACCGCGUCGUUGGGCUCGUGGUCGGACCGAAAGGAGCUACAAUCAAACGAAUCCAGCAGCAGACCCACACCUACAUCGUCACUCCCAGCAGAGACAAGGAGCCCGUCUUCGAGGUGACGGGAAUGCCCGAAAACGUCGACCGCGCGCGCGAGGAGAUCGAGAUGCACAUAGCCAUGCGCACCGGCAACUACAUCGAGCUGAACGAGGAGAACGACUUCCACUACAACGGUACAGACGUGAGCUUCGAAGGAGGCGCCCUGGGGUCCGCGUGGCUGGCCUCUCACCCCGUCCCUCCCAGCCGCACCAGGAUGAUUUCUAAUUACAGGAACGACAGCUCCAGCUCCUUGGGAAGCGGCUCCACAGAUUCCUAUUUCGGAAGCAAUAGGUUGGCUGACUUCAGCCCGACGAGCCCGUUCAGCACGGGCAACUUCUGGUUUGGAGAAACGCUGCCUUCGGUGGGCGCGGAAGACCUGGCGGUCGACUCUCCCGCGUACGACUCCUUGCCGACGCCUUCCCAAACCAUUUGGACCCCUUUCGAACCUGUAAACCCGCUCUCUGGCUUCGGCAGCGACGCCGCUGGUCACGCCAAGCCUCAGCGCCGAGGGAGCCAACCGUCUACUCCUCGCGUGUCGCCCACGUUCCCGGAAAGCCUGGAUCACCCUCUGGCGAGGAGAGUGAGGAGCGACCCACCUAGCACCGGCCACCAAGCCGGCCUCCCCAUCUACAUCCCCGCUUUCUCCAACGGUACCAACAGCUAUUCCUCUUCCAACGGCGGCUCCACGUCCAGCUCGCCCCCGGAGUCGCGGCGGAAGCACGACUGCGUGAUCUGCUUCGAGAGCGAAGUCAUCGCGGCCCUGGUCCCCUGCGGCCACAAUCUCUUCUGCAUGGAGUGUGCCAACAAGAUCUGCGAGAAGGAAGCGCCAUCGUGUCCCGUUUGCCAGACAGCUGUUACUCAGGCAAUCCAAAUUCACUCUUAA